ACAGAUACUGUCGAAAGAUACACUGUCAUAGAAAUGGUGAAUUCAUCACAAAAAGCACAGGUAAACGUUUCAUGAAGAUUCAAGGGUCCAAAAAAACGAACACGUAUUGUCCUGCAUCUAUAAAAGUGAGCUUAGAAAACAAAAACAAAAUCGUAGUGAAAUUUACUCCAAGUCAUAUUGGUCAUGAAAAUGAACUUCGUCAUAUCUAUCACUCUCCGACGAAACAGCAAGAGAUAGCAGCUAAGUUAUCGGCGAAAAUCCCUCCUAAAGCAAUCUUAGAAGAAGUGAGAAAUUCGUUGAUCGUUAGUGAUGCAAGUGUGCAACGUAUUCAUCUACUUACCCAGAAAGAUAUACAUAAUAUUGCUGCGAAAUACAACAUUGGUAUUCCUUAUAAACAAGAUCAGAAUCCUGCUGUUAGUGUACAUAUGAAGAUAGAGGAGCUGAAGUCGUCUGAAGAUUCUGUUUUAUUCUAUAAAACCCAGGGUGUCUGUGAUGAAAAGCAAACCUUUUUGAAGAAAGAAGACUUCGUCUUGAUCAUGAUGAAUGCAGCUCAAUCAGAAUUAUUGAAAAAAUUUGGCAGUGAUGUGAUUGCAAUUGAUGGUACUCACGGUAUGGGCCAUGAUUUCGAAUUGUUUUCAAUAAUUGUUCUAGAUGAGCUACGUCAAGGGUUACUCUGUGCUUUUAUGAUCACGAAUCGCAAAGAUGAGAAGAUUUUCGAAUUUUUUUACAAUAAUGUGAAAUCUAGAGUUGGUAAUAUCACCCCAAACGUAUUCAUGAGCGAUAUGGCUGACGAAUUGUAUUCUGGAUGGUGUAAAGUUAUGGGUGAAUCAAAAUCUCGCUUAUACUGCACUUGGCAUGUAGAUCGCGCAUGGCAGCAGAAUUUGACAAAAAUUAAAAACACUGACAAACGACCAGGAGCUUAUAAGUUACUUCGUACGUGCUUAGAAGAACUUGAUCAGAAUAAAUUCAACAUUUUAAUCGUCAAUGUUGCCAAUACGUUGAAGGCUGAUGAUGACUGGCGCGAUUAUGGUAUAUAUUUUGAUACUUACUACGUUCCAAAAGCAGAAUAUUGGGCUUACUGCUUCCGAAGACAUGCAGGUGUAAAUACGAACAUGCAUCUUGAGAGAAUUCACAAGUCUAUCAAGUAUUUAUACUUAGAUGGAAAAGUCUGUAAGCGUUUGGAUAAGUCUCUUCAUGCCCUAUUACAAUAUAUCAGAGAUCGAUUGUUUGACAGAUUUAUAAUGCUUGAGAAAGGCAAGCUUACAUCAAAGGCCAUGGAAUUACGAAAACGUCACCGUACAGCUGAAGAAGCAAAGGAUAAAAUACAAAUUACGAGUAAUCCAGACGAUGCGAACUUUAUUGUUACUUCCCAGAAGAACAUUUAUUAUGUGACUGAUAAUGUAGCGCAAUGUGAUUGCAAGUUACGUUGUCCAGCUUGCUGUGUGUGUAUUCAUCGAUAUAACUGCACGUGUAUAGAUUCCAUGAUAAAAUUCAAUAUGUGCAAACAUAUUCAUUUAGUUUGCAAUUUUGUUAAAGAAGCUACCGAAGCAAGAGAAGAAAGCCUUCCUUCAACCUCAACCCUACCCAUUGAUGCAGCUCCAGCUCCAGUAACAGAAAUUUUGAGUACUGUUAAUGAGGCUCCGGCUCCGGCUCCAGUAACAGAAAUUUUGAGAAGACAGAUAACUAAGAAAAGAGCACCUACUCGCGAAGAAUUAGAAGCAGUAUUCAACGACUUAUUAAAUACAACUGCUACGUCUGAUGAGGGUCGAGAAAAAAUCAUGACUGCCUUAAAACAGUGCUCAAGAAGUUGUACUUUACCUUUGCACGAUGUUCCUGUGAAUGUAAUUCCAAAAGUGCUUACUCAAUCCUCCGUUAGUGCUCGAAAAAAAAUCACUCAACAAUUGAGAUUCGUUUCUACAAAAAAGAGUAAUACGAAACGUAAGCAAAGAGCACAGAAACCUUGCCUUCCCGAGCAGCAAUUGAAAAACAGUUCUGCAUGCGCAAAUGCACGCGGUUACGUGGCGGAUCGCCAGCAGAACCGCCGCGGCAUGCAGAAACCUGGACUAACGCGUCGUAAACGCAUGGCGUUUCUGCCCUGCGUAUGACAGGCGUUUCUGCGUGGAUUUCCGCUGACGUUUUUUGGAUAAAUUUACGCAUGCGUUUUACUGCAGAAAUGCAUACAUUUCUGCACUGGCAUUUCUGCACGCGUUUCGCGUCUUCCACUAUGAUGCGUUUCAGCAUGCGAAUACACAUGCACUUUAACCUAUGCUUUCUGAUUAGUAGGUUUCUUAGUAAAUGUUAUAUGUAUUUCUCUGAGCGUGUUUUGCUAACAAGGGAGGUUUCCCAAUUGACAGAAAAAUUGUUGAACUGAAUAAAGCUAAAUUAAAGAGCUUGUAAAAAUAUACAAUCUGCCAAAAUUUCUGCUGCUCAAGUGCAUUUUUCGAUCUUUGCUGAGUUUUUGAGAAUAAAAUUUGAGCCAAACUGGAAAAAAUCAAAAUUUCACCAAAUAUUUGAGACUCGCCGAAUCAAUUGAAAACGUUUACGAGUCGUUUUCAGCACUUAUUCUGGAGCCUCUAGCAGAUUUUUGUAACUUGAAAUUUUCCACCCAACCCAAUGGCACGAAACGAAGAUGGAAAACCGAAAAUACACACUGUUCCUUAAUUGUAAAAUUGGUUUCAGGCCAUUUUGGAGACUCCAGGGACUUUUUGGGGAAAUUCCAAUUCUACAAAAGAUGCCUCAGAAUUGCUCCACAUCAACUUCAGGGUCAUUCCAUGUUUACUCAGCCAACGUUUUCACGUCAUGUCUUUCGAUUUCACUCAAAUUUUUUCACAAUAUAUACCCAUCCAGUAAGUAAUAACCCCGUAAUUACGUAGUUUGGUCCCAGCACCCUCGGGGGGCGGGUGUGGGGGCUUCCAUUACUUUCAAAUUGUCUCGAGGUACUCAACAUCAGCAGCCCAUUCCUCCAAAACUAUAUGAUACUUUGAUCAAAACUGAUUUCACUGUUCGAAAGGGCAUUGCAUUUAGAACUUUUUAAGCAUUUUGAAAUUACAAAAUGACGUUGUAGGUGAGAGCUACCAUUUAAAAUUUUGAAAAAAUUCCCAUAGAUGUACCUUUUGAUGCUUUUUUGAAAUAUUCAAGUUUCGAGAUGGGGUCUCUUAAUGGAAGGGGGAGCAACCCCACCCCUAAUGUUGGGCGAAACUUUCGAAAGAGAAUUUAGGGCAUGUGAUAAAUCGAAUUCCAUGUUUUUGGUGACGCUGAACACGAAUAUGACGUCCGAUUUUUGAUAGGAUCCCAUCCAUGGCCCCCAGCACCUCCCCAAAGGGGGUAAAAGUUCAAAAAAGUGUUUUGUUCGUGCGACACAUGGAAUAGUAUGUUUUUGGUGACACUGAACACGAAUAUGACGUCAAAUUUUUGAUUGGGCCUGUCCACGGCCCCCAGCACCUCCCCAAAGGGGGUAACCCCCCAAAAAAAGGAUAUACAUUCGUGUGACACAUGAAAUAGUAUGUUUUCGAUAUCGCCGGACACGAAUAUAGCCACAGUUUUUUUAAUCGACCUCACCCAUGGCUCCCAGAACCUCCCCCAAUACGUAAAAGUCCCAAAAAAUUGUUGGGCGCCGUAAGUUCUCAUUUAAUUUUUUUAUCAACUUGAAAAUUCAGUCCAAAGGUAAUGUAAAACAUAGACAUCCGCUGGUUCGUAAUAAUAAUAAACAAUCAAUGAAUAAAUCUAUCUAUACAUCUACGUAUUUUUAAAAAUGUGGUUUUGGUGAUAUUUGCAUUAAUAAUAGAAGUAUACUGAUAGAAAAUUUUCCCUUACAAGGAAUCAAUCUAUUCAUUUGCAUAAAAGUACAUAUUUUUCUGUUGUGCUCAACCAUGCGGAAAUCAUUGUCAUCUGCGCGCUGCGUGGGAACAAUGGCCAACAGGUUUAAUGGAUCUUUUGUAGGGUAGUUUGCGAAGAAGACACGGCCGCUGGAUAUCACUACAUGGAGUACAGAACGAAUCUCCGUUUUAUUCACUUUUCUCUCUCACUCUCUCUCACUUUCUUAUUGGCUGUAGUAAAGCAGCUCACAUGCCUAUAUCUUUUUCAGGUAGUAUUCUAGGCUGAUUUUUGCAAUACACUCCAUAUCACCAGACAUAUGUCUGGCUAUGGCUAUACACCACGUGCAAGAAAACAUGAACAAUAUCUAUACAUGUUCAUAACAAUAAAAAAAUGAAGCGAUUUUCAACGAAAUUUAUAAGUAAACCAUUUGAAUUCGUGGGUAUUCCUUUUAUCUUUUCAUAACCUCCGUGGCAUGCUCCGUGGUUAUUACAGCUUUAGAGAGAAGGAGAUGGGAGGGGGACGUGGAUUGUGGCUAAAUACAUUGCGGAUUUAAAAAAAUUGAAAGUUUGAGAAAAAAUGUGAUUUUUUAAAUUUAAAACAAGAAAUCAAGUUUUGAUUGGUAAAGUUAAACCAUUUGACCCGAAUUUUUACAUAUCCGUUGAAAAAAUUGAAAAACCCCUUUCACUCGAUGAAAUGAACUCAUCACAAAAAAAUCGAAAUUCACUCAGAAUUUUGAACGAAUUUUAAUUUUUUUGCUACGCGCGUAAUUUUCAUCAUCUUUUUCAUGAAAUAAGUCAGAAAGAGGUCAAAAUAAGACAACUGAAUAAAUUUGAACUUUUUUGAUCUUGGAAUUGAAAAUCGAAUUUUUUUGAAUUUUGAUUUUUUGUGAUGAGUUCAUUUAUUUGAGUGAAAGUUUUUUUUUCAACUUUUUCAGCGCGGAUACGUAACAAUUGGGGUCAAAUGGGUCAACUUCACCAAUCAAUUUUUUUUUUGAUGUUUCAAACCUAAAAAUCAUAUUUUUUCGCAAACUUUCAAUUUUCAAAAUCAACUUUACGAAAUAAUGCCAUCUCAAUUUUUUAAUUUAUGUUGUUUUUCAAGUUCACUGAAAACCUGGACACCCCCUAGCAGCUUUAAAAAAGGGCUAGAGGGCUGCGAUUUUCGUCAUUGGUCAUCCCUUCAAAAGGCCUUUCCACAGGAAAAAUUUCAAAAAAAUCGUCGACCCCCCUUACCACUUCUUGGUGGAAUUGAUGUGGAAUGACCUUAAAAUGCCCAAAUAAUAUGAUAAGUUUAGGGUGUAUACGACCGGAGCUGACUAUUUUUGCUCAGUUUUUCAAAAUUGCUCUGUGAAAAUCGAAAAAUUGCUCUGAAAAAUCGAAAUAUCAAAUAGACAUUUGAAUAAUGUUGCCAACUUUAUAUUUUUCAUAAAUACAUGUAUCCAGGCUGUGCUCGCGCAUCUCGCGCAUAGGCAUUAGGUAUCUAAUGUUGUCUGUUUGGCAACAAUGGUGCAUGCACGUUGUUGAAGCUACACCAGAGAAUGAGAGAGAGAGAGAUGGAGAGAGAAUUAGUGAGUAGCGAUUCUAGGCUUUAACAAUUAAAAGUGACAAAACAUAUUUAACAAUAACAUAUUCGGAGACAUUUCAAAUGAAAUUCUUCACCCCCUCCCACAUCCUCUCACCCUUACCUACUCUUAACGUUGACAGACUCCUUCUAGCAUUUUGUAAAAAGAGAUAACUGGUAUUCUUGUCCCAGUGAAUAGUUCUUCACUUGUAUUUUUUCUGUUAUGGUGCAUCGAGUUCGUUUUUCUGUGUUUUUUUUUUUUUUUUUGGAAAAUGUUAGCAUCAUUCAUGAUUCAUGCACACAAAGGAUUAGAGUCAGUAGAUGGCCAUGAUGCGGUGGCAUUCCAUAAUAUGGGAAAGGAUUACAUCCGGAACAAUCAAAAACAAUCAAAACUACAACACGAAGCAAUCAAAAAUGUUGAAUGUAUUUGAACAUUUGUGUGGAAUUUUUGUUCCAAAAUGUGUCAUAAUUUUUGGGAUUUGUGAAAAAAUGAUCGUGUGACCUAUCAAAAUAGGCCAGUAAAUCAAAACUUCGGCAAAAAAUUGAAAAUUCUUUUUUCAAUCACUUUUGAAGAAUUUUAAGCACAAAUCUGGGAUGUAAUUUUCAAAUUUUUGAAACAGUGCCACGAUGUGUCCCUUCAAGGGUUAAUAUUUCACAAAAAAUUCAAAUACUCAUUUGAACGGAAAUAUUUUUUGACAAUUUUUGAAGAAAUUUUGACCCAAAUUUUCAAUCCAAACUUUUUUUGAUAACUUUUGAGCCACAACUAGGGUCAUUAUAUUUUCUGGGUUAUUGAAAAAGGUGCCUUGAAACCUGUCAAAAUGAAUUAAAAUUUCAACUGAAAAUCGAAAUAUUUGUGUUCAAUUAUUAUUGAGCACAUUAGAAGAACUUUGAGUUUGAACUUGAAUCAUAGUUUUUGGGGAUUUUCAAUAAGAUGCAACGCUACAUAUCAAAAUGAGUUAAACUCUUGCAAGAAAAUUGAAUAUUAUAACAAAAAUGUUCAUGGGAUAUUUUUGUAUGUUUUUAAAUACAAAAUUGAGUCGUAAUGUUUAUAUUUUUGAAAAAUGUGUCGUACUUACCUAGCUACCUACUUCAAAUACAAAUUUUUAAAAAUUUUCACUCUUCCUCUUGUAGGUCUUGUCCUCUUUUUUCAAAAUCUACUUUCCAAAAAAGAAAAUUGCGUUUAGGUCUUUUGAAAUUGAAUUUUCAAAAACUUUUCUUGUUUAAAAAUAAAUUUAAAAAAAAGAAACAUUUCAACCAUAAAAACUCCGAAACUGGACAGAAAAUUUUUAUAAGUUCUAUGAAUUACUUACAAUAUCAAUCAAAUUAUGUUAAUUUUCCUUAUUUUUGUUUUUUUGUACCUAUUUUUCUCUCUGUAUAGACUAGAUAAUGAAAAUUAAGUUAUGUAUACAAAUAUUAAGUUUGUUAUUUUCUUAUAAAUACAUUAGCACAACAUUUUUGCAAAAUGUUCAUUCAUUUAUGUUUCAUUUUUUCUACAUAUAAACGUAAUUUUUCAAAGCUCUGUACAAGGAGGCCAAUAUUCAAGUCUCACAAGGGCCGCCACCAGUAUUUUUAUUUUUUUAGCCACCGCAUCAUGAUUUCUAUCAUUUUAUGCUCAUUGGCUCAUAUAUGAGUAUAUGGCAGUUGUACUUACGCCUAAGGCAUAGACAUAAUAACAAAAUGCCAGCAAUACAGGCAAUAUUUCACUGUAGAAUCAGACACGUAAAUGCAGCAGAAAUGCACGCGUUUCUGCAUGUGUGAAUGCUGAGAAAGCGCACGCGUACUGCAUGCGGAAUCGCAUGCAGAAAUGCAUACGUUUCCGCAUGCAGAAAACAUUCAAAUUAGUCCAGAAUUACGCCGCGUUUUGCAUGCAGAACGCAUGCAGAUCGCCUGCAGAAUGCAUGUGUUUCUGCUAUGCAGAACAUAUGCGUAAAUCAGUUGAAAAUUGCUGCUCGGGUUGAAGAAAAAGAUGAAAUUUUCGAAAAACUAA